AUGACGAGGUCUAUGAGUAUGGGACUAGAGGAGAAAGAGCUUCUGUGUCGCCGGGCCAAACUGACCCCAAGACAAGAGAAGGCCAGGAUUCUGAAGAUGAGGCUUCAAUUGGCCUACUAUAAGGUGAAAACCAACCAGGCUGAUGUUCCUGUUCAUCAGUUGAGGCUUCCAGGAGUUGGUAGAAAGUAUAAUGAUGUUUCCUUUACUCCUGAUACGGCACCCUGCUCUCCAAACCAACCUAUUCAUAGGAAGUCGAAGAGUCAGCCAAAGAGUCUCGACGCCCUUUCCGACCUGUUGGCAGCAUCAUCUCCACUUUUCAAGAGAACCAACCCCGUAAAUGCCACUCAUAGACGUCCUGGCAGAUCUGGAAAGCAUAAAAUGCUAAAAUCUAUUAACCAUUCCGGGAAAACUAGAGGGAAGAGACUAGACGAUGUGGUGGCAGCCAGAAAAUCCGCCUCUUCAUUAAUGCAACGGCAACAGCAACAGCCGCUCUCCAUGUAUGGUCAUAUACAUGCCUUCUCUAUUGACUGCACACGCUCACGGCCAUCAUAUCUUCAGCCUUUGUCAGCUCCUCCUAUUGCGAGUAGAAUGGGACUCACUCUUCCUACACCAUUUCACCAUCAAUCUUUUUCAAAUCAGACUUCCCCCUCGAGAUUCUUAAUUUCAAAUACCGGAAGAGGUAUUGCUAGGACAUCUAUAUUUCCUCCUUCUGUUCCAACCACCAAUUCUCAAGAUCUCGAUGCAACGAUAAUUCAAAACACUUCAUCUCUGAUCCUGACUCCUGUUAGAGGCACCCGAGCUCCUAAAUUAGGUGUUGCAGGUUCUUCUGAUAGGUACCAAUCCAUUAAUCAAGACGAAAUUCAAGCUCAAACUAAGUCUCCUUCGAGACUUCAAUCCACUCCCUCCUCAAUAGGCGCUGCUCGCUGCCUGUUACAGCUUGCACACAGAUGA